GUGCAGCAUCCGGGAUACAGGCUGCCGUUUAAACCUAAAGAAGAAGAAGAAGAACGAGGCGCCAAAUUUUGUAUCGUUCCUUCGUGAACGGAGGGAGAGAAAUAGAGAAAUGAAUCAUGAAUCUUAAAGUCAAAGCAACCGCGGAAUCAAACUCCAACAGUGAUGGAGAUGCCAUCAAGGUGUUUGUGCGGGUUCGGCCGCUGACUCAAGGCUCUGGGUUAACAACAGACGGCGAUCGCAGUCUAUGUCUGACAGUGACCUCACCGCACACCGUCAGACUGCACUGCAAACCAGAGCCUCGGACCUUCACAUACGACCACGUCGCCGACAUGAACACCAGCCAGGAGGAGGUUUUCUCCAGUGUGGCUAAAAACAUUGUGGAGUCGUGCAUGAACGGAUACAACGGGACCAUUUUUGCCUAUGGACAGACGGGCUCAGGGAAGACCUUCACCAUGCUGGGUCCCUCAGAGCUGGAUAAUUUUUCUGAUGAGCUGCGUGGUGUGAUUCCUCGAAGUUUUGAAUACCUCUUCUUCCUCAUCAACAGAGAGGUGGAACGGUCUGGUGGGCUGAAGAGCUUCCUCUGCAAGUGUUCAUUCAUAGAGAUCUACAAUGAGCAGAUCUAUGACCUCUUGGACAGUGUGUCCACCAGCCUGUUCCUGCGAGAGGACAUCAAGAGGGGCGUCUUUGUGGAAGGAGCUGUGGAGAAAUAUGCAGCAUCUGCUGCAGAGGCCUAUCAGGUGUUGUCGAUGGGAUGGAGGAACAGGCGAGUGGCAUCCACCUCAAUGAACCGCGAGUCAUCUCGUUCACACGCAGUGUUCACCAUGACACUGGAGUCAAAGGAGACUGCACAGGAAGUGGUCAACAUCAGAACCUCUCAGCUGAACCUGGUGGACCUCGCCGGCUCAGAGAGACAGAGGGACACGCAUGCCGAGGGUUCACGGCUCAAGGAGGCGAGCAGCAUAAACCGGUCCCUGAUGUGUCUUGGUCAGGUGAUCAUGGCCCUGAUGGAUGUGUCGAAUGGGAAGAACCGUCACAUCUGUUACAGAGAUUCGAAACUGACCUUCCUGCUCAGGGACUCUCUGGGAGGAAACGCCAAGACGUACAUCAUCGCUAACGUUCAUCCUGGCUCCAAGUGCUUCGGAGAGACGCUCUCCACUCUGCAGUUCGCUCAGAGAGCCAAACUCAUCAAAAACAAGGCUAUGGUAAAUGAGGACACUCAGGGUAAUGUCAGUCAACUGCAAGCGGAAGUGAGAAAACUAAAGGAGCAGCUCGCACAUGCUCUUUCACAAGCACGCGUCAUUGAGAUGACACCAUCAGACCAGCAAGCAGGACACUCUGACGCUGAGCUUUCCUAUAAGACACAGUUCAUUCAGGCCAUGAGCAUCUGGAAGAAAGCACAGGAAGACAAGAAGGCUCUUCAGGGGAAGGUGUCUCAGCUGGAAGCUGCCUGGGCUCAGAAGGAGAAAUUCAUCCAGUCCAACCGCAUGAUCCUGAAGUUCAGAGAUGAUCAUAUCGCUCAGCUGAAGAAAGAGCUUCAGACAGGCCAGAGAUCAGACCCUGAUCAGCAGAACCAGCAGCUGCAGGAAGAGAUACGUCUGCUUCGAGAGCAGGUGGAGCACCACCCGCGGAUGAUGCAGUACGCGGCGGAGAACUGUGCCCUGCGGGAGGAGAUUCAAGCCCUGCGUGCUCUGGAUUCGGUCAGAUCUGCGGUCGAGACCAAGGCUCAGUCAUUAACCGCGCUGGAGAAAAGCUUCCUGCAGCUGCUGGAGGCUCAGAGACCAGAGGAGGGCACAGGAGCUCCGCCCAUCUACUCCACCCCUGUCACUAUGGAGACGUUGUCAUCAGUUUCUGUGGAGAGGAUGAAGGUUCAGCUGCUGCAGAAACAGUCAGAGCUCACAGCGACAAUUCAAGCCUUCGAGGAACACAAGGAGGUCAACAAAAAACAGCUAGCUGAACUGGAGUCUGAGAAGCGCUACCUCGAGAAGUCCAACAAACAUCUGGAGAAGAUCCUAGAGGCCACUAAAGCCCACAGCAAACAGGAAGUGUCUCAACUCAACAAGAUUCAUGCUGAGACUAUAAAGAUUUUGACUACACCCACUAAAGCGUAUAACCUGCGUAAUCGGCUGGUGCCGCUGUCUAGCCCGGAGCAUCUGAAUGGACAGCACGAGAACAUCGAGGUUGAUGACAUCCAGAGCGAGCAGCCGCCUCCUGAGAUGAACGAGCUGGCCUGUGAAGCGCUCACUGAAGAACUCAAACAAAUGCAGGAACAGGCUCUCCGUGUUCAGGGCAAGUUAGAUGAGGAGGAAGCCAAAAACAGGAAGCUGCUUCAACAAAUCAGCAAGCUGGAAGAACAGGUUACAGUAGCAGCCGAGAGGUCCAGUCGCACAGAGGAGAUGUUCGGUGCCGAGCGACACUCGCUGCUGGAAGAACAGCUGCGUCUGCAGGAGAGAGUCAAGACGCUGGAACAGCAGCUGGAAGAUGAACACAGAGAGAUGGACAUGCUGCGGGUGGAGGUGCGAGAUCUGCGUGUCGUCUUGCAGUCCUCUGAUAAGGAGCUGGAGGCCGCACGGACAGAGCUGCAGCAGCAGAAAGCAGAGCACGAGAGCGAGACCACAGAUCUGUCCAAGAGCCUGAUCAGCACACAGCUGCAGCUGGACACUGUCAAGCUGGAAUGGAAGCAGGUGCUGGAGAAGCAGCGGGAUCUUCAGGACAUGUAUGACACACUGCAGGCCGAGUUUCAGUUCGAGUUGGAUCAACACACACAGCAGAUGCAGCUCAAGAGCCGAGAGUGCUCAGAAAUGCAAACCAAGAUUAAUGAGUUGCUGCACACUCUUCAGGAAGAGAAAGAGCAGAAUAGCAGUGUGAGAUCCCAGCUGACCGCGCACAGAGAGAGUGUGUCCAAAGAGCUUGUGCAGUCUGUAGAAGAGAAUGCCUCACUGAAGAAACACAUUACUGAGCUGACAAACAAAAAUCAGCAACAGAGCGAUGAGAUCAGUGCUCUACAGCAGAGUGUGUGUUCAACCAACACGACAAUCAACAGCCUCGAGCAGAAGAUCGAACAGGACAAAGUUGUUGUUAUUUAUUUGGUGCAGGAGACCAGAGAUCUUCGAAGCGAGGUGGCUGAAAGAGAUCAGACUGUGUGUUUGCUGCGAGGAGAGAUCUCUGACAUCACUGGGAAGUACAGCACUGUGUGCACUGAGAAAGAGCAGAUGAAGGAGAGCAUGACACACAUGCAGAAUGAACUACAGGAGCUGCGAGAAGCUUCAGAGAGACGGCUUGCUUCAGACCGUGUAGAGGUGGAGCUGCUUCAGGAAGAUCUGGCCUACGCUACAGAUGAGGUGGAGAGACUCGGUAAAGUGGUGGAGGAGCAGGCAGCUUUACUGGAGAGUUCCCGGAGCCUGAACACAGAGAAGGAGAACAGUAUAAACUCCCUGAAAGAACAGGUACCUCUCAUCCUGCCUCAAUUCAUGCUACAGCUUUUGAAUCAGAUAUGAGAUUCUGGAUGUCCCAAAGGAAAAAUACAGACGCCGCACACCCCCUGUGGCUUUGGCUCGAGUCUGUCUCAGGUGCUGGAGUGUCAGGAGAGAGAGCUGGAGAGUCGACGCUCCUCCAUGAUCACUAUGGAGGUUCUGCUGAAAGAGCUCAAUGCAGAACGCACAGCCAAGAACCAAGAGAUCGACAGAUUGAAGGCCCAGCUGAAUGAAAAAGAGAUCGUGCGGAUGGAGAUUCAAACGCUGUUGGACAAGUUUUACGCCGUCCAGAAUCAGCGCAAUCAGAGCGGUUGUGCGCAAGAAGAUGUGAGGGAGGCCACACACAUUUCUGUUUUGAGAGAACUGGAAGAAGAGAAGAAAAUAAAAAACUCCCUGAUGAUGCAGUUGUCUGAAGCACAGACAGCGCUGCAGAGUAAUGAAGUCACUCUUGUCCAGUCUCAGACAUGUGUGCAGGAACUGACCACUGAACUUAGGAACCGCUGUCUGGAGCUGCGGGAGCUGCGGCAGAAAGACCAUCAGCAGGAGAAACUGCAGCAGGAAAUCGAGGUUCUGAGAAAGCAGGUGGACCAUCUGACCGAGGAGAAUGGGAAACUGUUGGGCCAUCAGAACCCCAAGCAGAAGAUUGAGUACCUGGUCAAACUGAAGAAGGAGAUCACCAGACUACAAGAGGAAAAUGGCAAACUCAGGCAGUGUCUUCAUAUGGAAGAAAGUCCUAACACGAGCCAGUAAUAUGCUGACCCUGAACAUGCUGGAGCUAAAAAACUAAAUGAGAUUAGAUUCAAUCACUUUUUAGAUGUAAUUUUUGGACUUGUCUGUUGAUUUUUAUGUGUUUGAUUGUCACAGUGUCUUCAAAUUGAUUUUAUUUUUUUUUAUCCCUUUCUGUUCUAAAUGUUAGCUCUUUGUGUACAAUUUAUUAAUAGUAAUUUUUUUAAACAAAUUAAAGCAAAUCUUAAAAA